CUUCAGUUUUGAGCGCCAUGCCGUCCACGACCAAGACCCUGCACUUCCUGUCCAGCGCGUUGGUCACCUGUGUCUCGGUGGGGGUCCUGGGCUUCGCCAUGUCCACGGCGUGGGCCACCAAGGCCAUGGCGUGCGCCCGCUUCGGGAGCGACUUCUUCAACGGCUCGGCCGCGGUCACGCUGGAGCUCUUCGACGGCAGGCUGGAACGGGAGAUUUGUCCCCUUUUCGGACUACCCGUUGACUUUGAAGUUUUCCCCAAGUUGCUGGAGAUCAAAGGCGUCCCGGUGGUGCUGCACACCGUGUCUUUGUGUCUGCUGGUGUUGUGUCUGCUGUGCUCGGCCGUCAGCAUCCUCAUCUCGCUCUACAACAGCGUCAGUAACCCCUACGAGACGUACAUGGGCCCCGUGGGCGUCUACACUUGCAGCGCCAUCAGCGCGUGUUUGUCCGUGUUAGUGCUCAUCCUCUUUGUGGUCAACUUCUUCGCGACCGCCGUGGCGGAGGACGUGGUGAGGAGCUUCACCGACAACGUCCCGGUGGAGCUCAAGAUCGUGUCGUCGGAGAUGCUGCUGGGCUACUACCUGCUCAUCCCCUACGCGGCGCUGUCGCUGCUCGCCAUCGGCCUCAUCUACAUGUACGACCACGCCGCCUACACGCAGCGGCGGGAACAGCAGCGGCCCACCGAGGACGCCCCCAAAGAGAUCAUGAUGUACUAGCGCCCUCCUUGAUUGAGGGCGCGUCGAUUAACUUAUUUGAAUGACGAUUUGCAAGCUGAGGGGAUGAACUGUAAAUAGUUAUGAGGUUACUUGUGUUUCUGAUGACAAUUUACCAGAUACUUCAUUUGUGACGAAAAUGUGCAGAAUACUAACAAGCUAACAGUCGAGAUGCAAACAGAGCGCGAAGGCAGCUCAAUGAAAUACUGUAUUUUACGCAACGUCCGUAGGUAGAUAACUAUUUGGAAUGAGAACGGAUAAAUUGCUAACAGUUCAUGCAAGAGAGAAAUUUUAUGCUAACGUGUAGAAAGAGAGCAACGCAUGGCGUCUGAGCGGUACAGUAUUUCCCCGUGUCGGGUACUAGUUCAACUGCUGAGAACGGCUAAAAUGCUAGCAUGUUAACAGUUGACAUUCUGACACCUAGCAACAUAGCAGCCUGAUUAAUGGAAGCGCUAAGGCAGAGCAAUAAAAAAAUUGACACCAGCA